AUGGGCAAUUUACCGAAGGUUAGAAUUACUGUCUUUGUUUGCCUCGUAAUUAAAGCAGUACAUCUGGAAGUAGUCAGCGAUUUGACUACCGAAGGAUUUCUGGCCGCAUUAAAAAGAUUUAUAGCACGCAGAGGAAAACCUCUUAACAUUUUUUCUGAUAAUGGGACUAAUUUUGUUGGAGCGAACAACCAACUUAAAGAAAUCUAUGCUUUGUUCAAUUCUAAUGAGCAUCAAUCAAAAUGUUUCAAGUUUUCAAGCGAUUUAUGUGUGCGUUGGCAUUUUAUUCCACCUGUUUCUCCCUAUUUCGGAGGACUUUGGGAAGCAAGUGUCAAAUCAUUUAAACAUCACGUUAAAAGAGUAGUAACCGAUUCUUUAUUCACAUUUGAAGAAUUUAAUACUUUUACAAUAGAAAUUGAAGCCAUUAUGAACUCCAGACCUUUAACUCCUAUCUCAAAUGAUCCUAAUGACCUUCUUGUUCUAACACCUGGUCAUUUCCUAAUCGGCGAAUCGUUAACAAGUAUUCCUUCUCUUGAUGUCACAACAACUGCUACAAACCGGCUUUCCAAUUGGCAACAUCUGGAGAAGAUUCGCCAACACUUUUGGGCCAGGUGGUCCAACGAAUAUUUAAACGAAUUGAAUAUUCGCUCAAAAUGGACUAAAGGUCAACAUUCGAUCCAGGAAGGGACACUUGUAAGUAUCAAGGAAGAUAAUUUACCACCAAUAAUGCAAUGGAGAUUGGGUUGA